ACUUAGUUACAAUUUUACAUUGGAACCUGUUCUUGUAACUCCCAAACUCUUCUAAUCUUGUUCCCGCUGUAUUUCUUGCUGUCUGCUACCAAUUUUCCUGUACACGUCUGCAACCAUCAACGUCUCGCUAUGAAUUCACUCCGAGCCAUGAGGCCAUUGGCCUCCCGUAUCCAACCAUCCACGCUUCCAAGAGUGACACGGCCGUUUUCUUCCACCCCAGCUAGAUCCUAUGAGUAUGUCAUGACGUCAAAGCCUAAACCUGGUGUUGGCCAAGUCACGCUCAACCGCCCAAAGGCUCUAAAUGCUCUAUGUACGCCUUUAAUUACCGAGUUGAAUCAAGCACUCCGCGAGUUCAACUUAGCCGACGAUGUGUCGGUCAUCAUCCUGACGGGCUCCCAGAAGGCUUUUGCUGCUGGUGCUGACAUCAAGGAAAUGGCGCCUCUCACCUUCUCUGAGGCUUACACGAACAGCUUCAUCGAAUCCUGGUCAGAUCUCACAACGCAGGUUAAAAAGCCUAUUCUAGCUGCCGUGUCGGGGCACGCUCUUGGCGGCGGCUGCGAGCUGGCCAUGAUGUGUGACGUCCUUUAUUGUACCGAGUCUGCCAACUUCGGACAGCCCGAGAUCAAGCUCGGCACUAUACCCGGCGCCGGUGGCAGUCAGCGACUGACGCGAGCUAUCGGCAAGUCCAAGGCCAUGGAGCUCAUUCUCACCGGCAAAUCGUUCUCAGGCGUCGAUGCUGAGAAAUGGGGGCUUGCCGCAAAAGCAUUCCCGGACUACGAGGCGCUUAUGGAGGGUGUAAUGAAUACGGCUGAGACCAUCGCCGGAUACUCCAAGGUCGCCAUCAUUGGGGCUAAGGAAGUCGUGAACAAGAGCCAGGAUCUCGGUCUGCGGGACGGAGUCGAGUACGAGCGGAGAGUGUUCCACAGUAUUUUUGGUAGCCAGGACCAGAAAAUUGGUAUGAAGGCAUUUGCCGAGAAGAAGAAAGCUGAAUGGACUCACCAGUAACGACAAAGCGCAAGGCAUCUGUUUAAUAGUUUAGACCAAUUAUGAGACAAGAAUGUUCUCACAGAUGAGCAAGCCAAACGAGUAUAUUGUAUGCUUCCUCUUGUCUGUCUGUAAGGGGCCUACGACAAAUAGCUGGCUGAGGGAGGGCAUUAUCCAAGUAUGAGUGGGAGGCACAUGACACCAAUAGCUGUCUCAACCUACCUACUCCAGCCAGCUUUGACACUAUUUCUAUAAUUACACGGCUGUCAUAGCCCGGCUCUGUAACAACAUGGGUUUCUAAAUGUAGAAACUGAGUGAAUAAGUCUUAGAGCUAUUGUCGUGCCCAGCUCA